CCGGUUUGGAGGACUUCCUCAGAUCCAGCAGAAGGGCUGUCCCUCCACAAUUGACGAGGCUCCUCUUCUUCUUCAUCACCUCUCCAGGGUGACUUUUGACUCUUUUAGGGUCCCCAGCAGGGCGAAAUUGAAUGUGGAAGAUGGAACCCCAUCUUCCUGUGCCAGUCACACCGCGAUGCCUAACUGGAUGUCCCCCAGAGCUAACAUUUCCUUAAACACUGACUCAGGGAAACCACAUUACUGCAGCCAGGAUUUAAUAUUAUAUAUUCAGCCUCAAAGAGCCACAGCAGAUGUGGCAAUGAUAUAGCAACAUCACAAAAAAGGGUGGCAUUGAUUUUUGAAAAAUUAUUGGUGAGGGGGGUCAAAUAGAGAUAACCAAAUGGGUGUAUUGAGUGGGAUUCUUUCCACCUCCAGUUCUGAUAGGGAACAUCUGGCUGGUAGGCUUGAUUUGGUCCAUAAGACCUUUUUAUAAGCUUUAUCAAAAAGGUCCAUAAGACCUUUUUAUAAGCUUUAUCAAAACCAUCUCUAGAAGAUGGAGAAAAGGAAGAGUUUCUCAUUAAGAAACAAAGAAAAAAACAUUGCUCUCUGUGCCAGUCAUUGAUUCUUUUUCCUCACUGUGAAAAAUUUUUACAUUUAUCCCUCAUAACCACAUCUGUCUUUUUGGAUUAAACAGAGCCAUUCCCAUCAAACUGCCAAAGGAAUGGAAGGGACUCCUCUGGAUAAAUGGACACUUCUGGAUAGAAUGGAGAGGGGUACACUUGAAAAACAGACGUCAGCAUCGUCAUUUGAAAAGCCUCUUUGGUUUAAAGAUAUGUAUCAACCUCUGGAGGAAAUAAGGAAAAAAGAUAUGAUUGAUAAAUUACAUGAUGAAGAGUCCUCAGAAGAGGAAAACAUAUACAAUUGGGCUAGUGCAAGACCUCCAAAAAUCCCUGAGCUUAUUCCUGUGGAAAAACUGUAAGUAACUACAUGUGCUACAAAACAGUUACUAAUAUUUGUGUGUUAAAUUUAUAUUUACUGACAAAGAAUUAAAGGGAGAUUACUUUACUAAUAUUGUUUACCUGUUUAAAAUUUCAAGCACCACAGCAAUUCUUCUGCAUUUUUGUUGAAAUAAAAUUAUUAGAAGAGUUCCUUCCAACAUAAUUGAAUUAACUGAGCAGAGUUAAAGGUAUUGUAAGAACAGUUAUGGUACUUCAUUGAAUGUUUUAAAUUUUGAAUAUAUUAGGUAUUUUAUACUAUGUAUAUAGGGGCUUAUGACCUGCAAUACAGUGUUUUAUUUUUCAAAUGUAACUAUAUUUUCCUCAUAUUUUAGCAAUCCAAAAGUGAGGAUAAAAUUAAAUUAACAUUUUAGAAACAGCUACAAUUGAUAGAGAUCCAGUUUGAUGCCGUGUUUUAGGCACCAGGAGAGAAACCAGGAGAUGGUGAGUUCUAGUCUCACCUUAUGCCAAUUGGGUGACCUUGG